AUGUCGGAUGUAAAAGGGGCGCUUACACGCCUGGAGCGCCUGCACGAGGCGUGCGGCGGUGCCGGUCUUUCAACCGUGGGAGCGUUACCGGCUGACGGUGGGGCAAAUAUGAGUGUCAACGAAGUGGGUUCCUACGAGAAAGGCCAAUACCAUGUCGCCUGCUUGAUGAAGAGAGCAAGAGAGAGUAUGACUAUCCUGGCGGAGACUGGGGAAUCCAUGGACAUAGCGCGGAGAGCCGAGAUAUCAAAUUCGAUCCGGCGGGAUAUGAGUGCUGUUAAGAAAGAGUGCACAGCCUUGAAUCGGGUGGCAAUGAAGGAGGGGAAGCGUGGUGACUACAUGCAACUUCUUUCUUUUGUUAAUAAGACCGAGCAAUUUCAACGCCGUCUCCAUAAUGGCCCAGUGUUGGGCGAGGCUUCAGGAGCAAUAGGUGAUGGGAGCACACACGUCGGUGGAACUACUCCAGGGGUGCCGGAAGCUAAUGCGGUCACUGCCGAUUCAGAAAACCGCGAAGUCGGCUCGUUUAUUUCGGCCAGUGAAGUUGAAGGGUUUCUCCAGUUUUUUGAGGAAACGAGGAAGCGUGACGCUGAAAUAGAUCAGGUAUUGGAGAGAAUCAGCGCCGGCGUUACGCGUUUACAAGAAAACGCGUUGACACUUCGUUCCGAACUGUGUACACAACAGCGUCUUCUCGACGAUACGGAAGAAAAGGUCGAUGGUAUACACGCAAAGUUGGACUCCUUGAAUAUCAAACUUCGUCGCACACUAGAGCAGGUGGAUAAGGAUCGCAUGUCCGUGUAUAUCCUUUGCUGUUUGCUUCUCCUUGGCAUCUAUGGGGCGAUAUACAACAUGUCUAGGUGA